AUGGACUUCAGCAUUGAUUCCCUUGACCCUGCAUUCGUCGAUGAGGCUGCUAUGCAGCUUGGCUUGCACGAACUUCUGAACUUCUCUCAGGCUGGAGGAUACACGCAGGAGAACUACCCUUUUCCAGGCCACCAGCCCUUGGAGUACUUAGGACCUGCAUUCGACUGCAACAACAUGGAGUUAGAGACAGGUGGAAUCCUUAUAGAACAAGCCGCCAAUCCCCAGGCCAAUAGCCGGGCUAUCCAACCUCAAAGCCCGAAGUCUGCGCUUUUCGAGGAAGAACUCACGCACGCUGAAGCUGUCCUCGUGGAGAUCUCCAACCACCAGACGCCGUCGUGCCCGAAGACACCUACCCAGCGUGGCCGUGGUCGUGGUCGCGGACGUGGCCGAGGCCGAGGCCGUGGCCGAAAGGAUGCAUACCGCAUCACGACAGACACAAAUCGUGGCACGACGGGCAAGACCCAUGGCGCAAAGGGUGCAAAGGGCAUCGCGGCAGGUGCGAAGGGCACUGCGGGGGGUACAGAGGGCAUCACGGCGGGUGCGGAGGGCAUCACGGCGGGUGCGGAGGGCAUCGCGGCAGGUGCGGAGGGCAUCGCGGUGGAUGCGAAGGGGAUCGCGGCGGAUGCGAAGGGUGUUGCAGCGGGUGCGAAGGGUCUCGCGAUGGGUACCAAAGGAGACACAAAGCCGAAGAAGACGCCAGCGAAAGGUGCCGGGUCUCGCUCACGCAAGAAUGCGCGAGCUGGCGGAGAGUCGGACGAGGACAUCAAGGAGCUCACUCCGGGUAUGCGGGAGCGUGUUACGGCCAGCAUGGAAGGGAAGUGGAGCGAAGAGGAGACGAAGAUCCUCGUCGACUAUAUCUGUCGCGAGGAGAUCUGGCAGGAAUUCAAGAUUGAGCGGGGCAGACACUUCAUGAAGAUCUCGCAGGAUUUCUUGAGCAGUCGCAAAACUGCGGAGCAGGUCCAGCGCAAAUGGGACCAGCUUUUCGGCCAGUACAAGGCUGCCCGCAGGUUGGAGGAGGAGACUGGCGGAGGCGACGGUGAUGAGUCGGAUGUCGAAGGCUUGGAUGACACGGAGACCGACACAAAACCCGGUCAACCUCUGCGCAGCAAAAGUUCGCAGAGCAAGUGGUCGCGUGCAACACUCGAGGACUUUCGCGAGACUGAUAUCUAUCGCGCCAUUGAUUCUGUGGCUCACGACAGUCCUGAGGUCAUUCGCGCACACCCGCUGAAUGAAGCCACAUCUGUCUCCGAUGACGAAGAGUCCGACGAGCGCUGCCGCAAGAGAUUACGCCGCGAUGCAUCGGAUGAUGACAUGCUCAGAUCGCUCGUUGCGAGCAUCCAAGACCGUGCGAAGGAGAAGACCAAGUACGAGGAGAGAGAUCUCCGUCUUCGCGAGGAGCAAGCUAAACGUGAAGCUGAGCUUCAUCGUGAGCGCCGACGUGAGCUCCGGCUGCAGAACUGGACAAAGGUUGCUGAAUUCCUUUCUUCUCCUGAUCCAACUCUGAAGGAGAUUGGCAAAGUUAUGGCCGAAACACUCAAGAAGGAGGCUGAUGCCGAUGGUGGGCUCUAG